AUGGCAAAGGACAAAUCUGAAAAGAAGGACAAGCGCGAGAAGAAGGAGAAGCGCUCGGAGAAGGACGGUGUCCACAAGAGCAGCAAGAAGGAUAAGAAGGAGAAGAAGGACAAGACUGCGCUUGCCGAAGCGGUCGAGCAAGAACUUACCACCAAGGUUCUGGAUGGAAUUGACAAGGCCGUUCCGUCAGAGACUCCCGUUAAUGGCAUCGUUAAGGCUGAGAUGGACGUUGACGGUCCCACUGGCGCCGUUGUACCGUUUGCCAAUCCUUUGGUAGAAGACAAGUCGGCGAAGAAGGUUCUGAAGAGUGUCAAGAAGGCCGCUGUCAACAAGUGCCUCAAACGAGGUGUCAAGGAAGUGGUCAAGGCUCUCCGGAAGUCGCCCGUCCCUGCCCCCAACUCUCCCAUCACUACCCCCAAUGGUAUCGUUAUCCUCGCCGCGGACAUUUCGCCCAUGGAUGUCAUUUCUCACAUUCCCGUGCUCUGCGAAGACCACGGCAUCCCCUAUGUCUUUGUCACAUCCCGAGCUGAGCUCGGUAACUCGGCCGCAACCAAGCGCCCCACCAGCGUUGUCAUGGUUGUGCCUAAGUCGGCUGCCAAGGGGAAGAAGAAGGACGAUGAGGAUGACGGCGAGGAUUUCAGUAAGGUGUACGAGGAGUUGGCCAAGCUCGUCGAAAAGGAGCUUAAGAGGGUGAACCUUUAG